UGUUGUCUGACAGCUGAACUGCUGCUUCGCUUCCUAAACACGGAUGAUUGGUGCCACAAAAUACCAUCUUAGUUCUCCUCUUCUGGUCUCAAUUUCCUGUUCUCAGCAGAAGAGUCGGAAGGAGUGGGAAGAUGAGUUUGGCUAUCACGGAGAAGAGGGAACAGCAGCGACAGCGGCCGAGCGGGUGCGUCGGCAUCUUCUUGCAGUUCCUGGAUUGGAAUCGUCGGUUCGCUAAGAAGAAGCUCUUCUCCAAGAAGCUCCUCCCUCCAGCCCAUGCUGCGAGAAGGGCGUCGAAGAAGUUCUGUACUGAUGACAAGAUGCCCAUGGCCAAGUUGCUUCUGAUUGCUGAAGAGAAUCGGGGAGGUUUUCCAAGCAAGAAAAAGCUGGAUGCUGAUAUUGGCAACGCUGUGCAAACCCCCGGACUGGUGGCAAGGCUCAUGGGUUUGGAGUCCAUGCCUGUUUCUGUCAAUGAAAGGCCAAGAAAGGCCAUAGGUUGCAAUCUUGUUUACGAAGGGGACGAGGAGUUGCGUUCAGGCACAAGUGGGUUUGGGAAGACAGAAUCAAGGCCUCAGAAGCUUCGAAAGACGGAGGAGUUAUUGCAGAGGCAACCGGUCGAACACGAUGGACGUGUUCGACCGAAUGUAUUUGGCAAGAAUGUGACGUCCUCCUGCUCGAGCAUUAACCAUCAUAAGCUGAUGUCCCCGGUGAAGAGCCCGAGGCUGCUCUCCGGCAGUCACAGGGCUCGGUUGAUGCAGGCUGCUACAAAGAUUUUGGAGCCUGGUUCGCAGCCCAGAAAUCGUGCCAAAUGUUCCAUUGCAUAUGUAGUUCCUUCCCCACCCGGUGCAGAAGCUACUGCUGCUGCUGCUACUUGCUUGAAGAGAUCCAAGGAGCCCCUCAGUGACUUCGAAUUCAGGUCUUGCAUGGGUUAUGGUAGUUUGGUUGAAAUGCCUGGAUUAGGGACACAUGAAAGAGAGCCAUUCACCACUCGUUUUGGUUCAUCUGCUUUCCAGUUCAGUAUUGCUUCUUCCUCCAGGCAAGACUCCAUGGAGAAAAAUACAAUGUCACUACUCACACUGGCCGAGCAAAAGAGCAAACUGAAUCCUGCUGUUCAGUCUCAGAUCAAUGUGCAGAACAACGCAUGUGACGAUUUUGAGAGGAAACAACAUUUACAGAAUCAUCGGAAUGUAUGCAAGCUUAAGCCAGAUAACAUUACUCCGAAGGUGAACAACUUACGGCAUAAUCAAGCAGCAAUGCUCAGAGAGAAAGCAGCAGAGCAAAUGACUUAUGGUGCCACGGCAUGUAGUAGGAAGCAGAGUCGAAGUGACUUCACUGAGCUGAAGGGGCACCAGGGUUUCUCAGCGAUCGGCACCACCAUGAAAGAACCAAGGUGCAUGACAUCAAUUGGUGAAGUGAUGAACAACCACAGAGUGCAACUGGGAAGGAACUGUUGGGGAAAGAACAUCUCAUGCAAAAGAAAGAGCAUCAGUUUUCACAACGAUGAUUUUGUUGUGUUUGGUCCAGCUUUUGUUAGGGAAAGUAGCAACGAAAGGGACUUGCUUAGUGGAAGCAAGACUGGAGUUCCUAUUAACCAACCCAUUUGCAGAAGAUGUGUUGAACGUAGCUUAACAAAGGAGAAAAAGGAAACUGAUAACUUCAGAGGUUGGUAUAGCGAAAUGGCUUCAUUCACAUUCAAGUCACCAAUGAGGAAAUCUGCAAACUCUUCGUCACAUGAAGAACUGGCAGAGAAGUGCAGGAACCGAUAUCAACUCAAUGCUCGACUUUCUGCGAGGGAGAAGCUAUUGUCGGAUUCAAUUAACACCAAUCCAGUUUUCCAGAGAAGAACGAGAUUAGAAGGGGAAGAAAUAAGCAGGCCCAUAGAAAAAAAGAUCAGGGAGGAUGCUCAACCCAAUGCUUCCAUUCUUGAAGAACUAAUGAUUAGCCUCAAAACUGGGACUCGUACAGCCGACCAAAAUGGGUCCUCCAAAACAGAGGGCUUGUAUUCUCUUCACACCAAUCUCUCUGAUUUUUCCGUCCCCAAACAGAAGCUGUGUAAUAUCCAAACCGAAGCUCAGGUAAAAUUGUACUUCUGUUCUGUUGUAAUUUACUUGAAUUCAGAUCUUUGUAACAUUACUAAUGGCAGUAUUCUAAGGUUGGACCUUAUGACAGAAAAGGCAAAAUUUGAGACUUCUGCUGGACUUAUGUAUGAUCAAACCAGCCCAGUAUCUAUUCUUGAAGCUUCUAUCUCGAAUGAUAGUUGCUCUUAUGUAAGUAUCCAUGCUAGUUCAGUUUCAGCAAAUCAAUCAAGGUUCAGCUUGACAGAGAACCAAUGCACAGAACCAUCCUUGGAUAUGGACAUUGAUCUUUUAGAUUCAGCAAAUCAAUCAAGGUUCAGCUUGACAGAGAACCAAUGCACAGAACCAUCCUUGGAUAUGGACAUUGAUCUUUUAGAUUCAGCAACUUCAUCAGGCAUCAUGGAGUCUGUUAUUGGGAAGAUUCAGCAUUCCACUGACAAUAUGCUCAGUAAGUCCAGCAUUCACUCAUCCGAAGCUGGAAUCUCAGGAACUAAGCUUUGUGAAGCCAGGCGAACCAUUUCAAAUUCAGAGACGACAUUUAUGAACUUCGCACUAUACGCUUCAGUUUGGAUAGCCGAUUUUGUUCUCGAAUCUAUUCUUCUAGACGUGCUGGAAGCUAUUAUAGGUUCUUCUGAAGAUCAAAAGAUUACUUCCGGUGACAAAGACGCAAAGGGAAAAUAUCAACUAAAAAAAUGUCUUUUUGACUGCAUGAUUCAGUCCCUGGAUUCGAAGUGCAAACAUUUCGGUAAGAACGGGAAAUCGUUGAGAACUCCUUUCUCUCUGACCGAAGAUCUGUUGAUAAGAGAAGUUCAUGAGGAGAUAAGAGGGUGGGUCAAUUUGUCCGGGAAAUUCUUAGAUGAUCUGAUUCAGGAGGAGAUGAAAAAUUCAACUGCAAUAUGGAAAACUUGUGGGAUCGAGGUAUUUGAGGCAGGCAACGCGAUAGAAGGACACAUACUUCAAGCAUUGGUCAAUGAAACGAUGACAGAUUUUUGCAAUGGCUGAUGUUACAGUUCACAAGUGCUCAGUGACAUUAACUGCAAGAAGCAUGAUCUAGCAGUUGCUUCCUCUUACCAAGCAGAUUUUUCUUUGUUUGCUGCUUUUGUAAUCAUUUAUGUAGGGAGUGGAAGU